UAAUCGGAGGCCUGUGCGACCCCCAUGUGGCACUGAUCGGGAGCGCUUCAUGACCCAGCGACGCCCGUCCCAGUGAAGUCACCCGUCCGGCGUCCAGCAUGAGCGCGCUGCUCCUGGGCGCGGUGCUGCUGGUGGCCCAGCUCCACGUGGUGCCUUCCAGGCCUGCAGCGGAGAGCGCGGUGGAGCCCGGCCAGCGGGAGCUUCCUGGACCGGCGGAGAUGCCCCAGGACCAGGCGUGGGAGGGCGCAGCGGCCAACGGCUCGGCGCAGCAGCUGCCACACACGAUCAUCAUUGGCGUGCGCAAGGGCGGCACGCGCGCUCUGCUGGAGAUGCUGAGCCUGCAUCCCGACGUGGCGGCCGCGGAGAACGAGGUGCAUUUCUUCGACUGGGAGGAGCACUACAGCCAGGGUCUGGGCUGGUACCUGCGCCAGAUGCCCUUCUCCGCCCCACGCCAGCUGACGGUGGAGAAGACGCCCGCCUACUUCACGUCGCCCAAAGUGCCUGAGCGCGUGCACCGCAUGAACCCGGCCAUCCGGCUGCUGCUCAUCCUGCGGGACCCGGCGGAGCGCGUGCUGUCCGACUACACCCAAGUGUUCUACAACCACCUGCAGAAGCGCAAGCCCUACCCGCCCGUCGAGGAGGUGCUGCUGCGGGACGGGCGGCUCAACGUCCAGUACAAGGCGCUCAACCGCAGCCUCUACCACGUGCACCUGCAGCGCUGGCUGCGCUUCUUCCCACUGCGCCACGUCCACAUCGUGGACGGCGACCGCCUCAUCAGGGACCCCUUCCCCGAGAUCCAGAAGGUCGAGCGGUUCCUGAGGCUGGCGCCGCAGAUCAACGCCUCGAACUUCUACUUUAACAAGACCAAGGGCUUUUACUGCCUGCGGGACGGCGGCCGGGACCGCUGUUUGCACGAGUCCAAGGGCCGGGCGCACCCCCAAGUCGACCCCAAGCUCCUCAAUAAACUCCACGAAUAUUUUCAUGAGCCAAAUAAGAAGUUUUUCGAGCUCGUGGGCAGAACAUUUGAUUGGCACUGAGGGGUACGGGCCAGGCCCGGGGACUUCCCUGUUGCAAGUUCCGAUGUACAUCCAGAGGGUGGGGAAAGAAUUUUAAGGAAAGCUUAAGCUAUAAUUUAUUUGUAAAAUCCAUAAAUUACUUCUGUACAGUAUUAGAUUCACAAAUGCCAUAUAUAACUAGUUAUAUUUUUCUACUUGUUAAAUUGAGGGCAUUUUGUAUUGUUUUUCAUGGUUGUUAACAUUGUGUAAUAUGUCUCUCUAUGAAGGAACUAAAAUAUUUCGUUUCCAAAAAAAAGAGAAAGAAAUGAAAUGAAAUUUUGGAGACACUGUCUUUUUUUUAAUAUAAUUAGUUUGCCCCUGAUUCAAAAUUGUUGUCUGCGUUGCUUUCAUUGCAGAAUCUAUUUUCUUUGCUUACUUUAGAAAACAUUUUCCAUGGCUAUUAUGUUCCUCUCUUAUCUGUUCUUCACUGUUCUUUUUAAUUUUUAUUGUCUCACUGUGGUCAUCAUAUUUAUUUUUUACUUGCAUUGUAGGAUUUAUUGCUGCAGAGUUUCCCUAGUACUCUUGGAGGCUCAAUUUCACUUAUUCUUCGCUUCAAGUAGGUAUUUGAGUGUGGAGUUUAGUCCCAUGUAACUCAUAGGGAAAAAGCUAAUAGUAAUACUAAAUAAGUGAUUAAAAUGUAAACAAGAGCCUCCCUCUCACCAUCUUUGCUCAAAUAAUGCUAGGUGUAUAUCUGGUCUCAGCAGUAAGUGCAUCCUAUCAUCAGGGUGGGUUCAACCUAAAGAAAGGGGGGUUAGAGUAUU